UAACGAUUGUUUAAGGUUAAAAAUCAUUCAUUGGUCACAUAGGUGAAGAUAUAAAGGCAAAUUUAGUCAUAAACUGCCACAAAAGAAAAAGAACAGUCCAACAGAAGGAAGAAAAAUCUUCAAGGACUUAAGAUACCUGAACCAUGUCAAAAGUACUGACUUCCGUUUUGGUAAUUUUUGGUUUCACUGUAGUCUUCAGUCUACCUGCCAAACGAUCGCCAUUUACUAUGGGUCUAGGUGACCUUGAACACACUCGACAAUUACCAGGCAGAGUACGAGAAUUUGACAUGAAUGGUGAUGGAGCAUUAGACGUGAAAGAAUUAGAAUUUUAUUUCAAAUCAACAUUUGAUGACAUAGAACACGUAGACCAAAAUGUAAGAGAAGUCUUCUUUGUUCUUGACACUAAUGGCGAUCGAUUAAUUGAUGGUCAAGAAAUCGAGCCAUUACACAACCUGUAACAGGGAAGAUAACUCUGCAGGAUAUAACCUGAACCAUUACAUAACAUGUAACAGGGGGGAUAACUGCAGGAUAGAACCUGAAGGAUGCUCGUGGCAUACAUUUGACAUUUUCAUUUGUUUCAAUCAUUUAUCAUUAAAAUUCAUUUUUUAA